CAGUGCAGACACUAGUCCACAGGGGAAAAAGGAAAAUGAGAGGUUUAGCAAGAAACAGGAAAACCGCUAUGAGAACACAUUCCAGGCAGAGCAGACCCUGUACGGGACAAUGAGGGGUGGGACAAAAACUGUACGACGCUUCAAAUCUGCAAUCUCGCCUUUAGAUCAGGAACACAAACAACGACAACACAAACUGUAGUUCUCCGUAAACGGGACCGGGUCUGAGCGGAGCCGUUGAAGCGGACUGGGUCUGGUCCGGUUCCAGACUGGGGUUCGUGUUGUGGGUUUAUCAGCUUAGAUUCGUACCCAGAUGAGAUAGGAUCCAGCUGUUCUGUUUGUCCCCAGAAACCAAGGACACAGCCGCUAGAUACUUUUACUCCACUUUCUACCUCUAUUUUUAUACUUUUUUUGUGUUGAAUCUGCGUCUGUGUUUUUCAUUUCUGUUUUUUAAGUAAAUACGUCGGACUUUAUCUUAACCACAAACAGCGGAUGGUUGAGAGAAUGUGAGCUUUUUUCUGGAUGAAACAUCUGCAAAUGAGCUGUGUAACUGGACCAAAGGUAUCCGAUUCGUGUUUGAUAUGGAGCCAGUUGUGUUUUAAAGCUACUUUUUUGGACGUUUUUCUUCGGCUACGGGGGGACUCUUCAAGCUAACUUUGAUAUGGAAGACGUGCGGCAUCUGUCAAGUUAAAGAGGAGAGCAGAAAACAGAAUAAAGAGCGGCAUGAAUGCUUGAAGACAAAAGAAGUAAAGUGUCAGAGAUGGGAAGCUCUGCUCUGCUCACCAUGGUCAUAGCUGUGCUGUUUUUAUGGAUCUCUGCGUUCCAUGCAGUUUCUGCCUCAGACUGCAAGGAUGAUGAUGAUGGGAAGCUGCUGUGUACGUGUGAGAAUGAAAAAGGCACAUGUGUAAAUGGAACCUGUAGAGGGGACGUCUGCUUCUACUCAUGGUGGCGCGGCAUUGAGGAGCGGGGCUGUUUCUCCAACGACAACUACAGGGAGCAGUGCUACUCUGCUUUUCAUCUUUUGUUCAUCCAAUGCUGCAGAGAGAAUGAGUGCAACGCCUUCAUCACAGUGCCUCCAAGAAUUAAUCAAGAGCCAACACCAAAUCCUCCAGUACCCCCUCGGCCAGAGCUGUGGAUUGCGGUGUCUUUGCUGCUGUUAACCGUAGCUGCUUGUGUCUGUGGUGUGGUUCUGUUCCUGCGCUGCCGUCGAGCGCACUGCAGACUGAAAAACAUGGAGGACCCUGACGCCACCAUGCUCAAGGUCCCUAAUGGAGAUGAUCCAACAUAUGGAGAUAUUUUUGAUGAGUUUUGCACAUCAGGCAGCGGGACAGGGCUGCCAUAUUUGGUCCAAAGGACUAUGGCCAGACAGAUCUCUCUUGUCGAAUGUGUCGGUAAAGGCAGGUAUGGGGAAGUGUGGAGGGGAACGUGGAUGGGGGAGAGUGUGGCAGUCAAGAUCUUCUCGUCAAGGGAUGAGCAGUCCUGGUUCAGAGAGACAGAGAUCUACAAUACUGUACAACUGCGACAUGACAAUAUACUGGGUUUCAUAGCUUCUGACAUGACGUCAAAGAAUUCCAGCACCCAGCUGUGGCUCGUCACCCACUUUCACGAACUGGGUUCACUCUACGAUUUCUUGCAGUACAGCAGCUUAGAGCCUGAGAGCUGCCUCAGGAUGUGCCUCUCUGUGGCCUGUGGCCUGGUCCACCUCCACACUGAGAUUGUAAGCUCCCAGGGAAAGCCUGCUAUCGCUCACAGAGACCUGAAAAGCAGAAACAUCUUGGUAAAGUGGAAUGGACAGUGUUGCAUCGCUGACCUAGGUUUAGCAGUCAUACACUCUCAGUCUAACGACUACCUGGAUGUUGGCAACAACCCUCGUGUCGGCACCAAACGCUACAUGGCCCCUGAGGUGUUGGAUGAGACGAUCCGAGUGGACGUCUUCGAGUCAUACAAGCAAACUGACAUCUGGGCCCUGGGUCUGGUUUUUUGGGAAAUCAGUCGCAGGACCAAUGUAAAUGGGAUUGUGGAAGAGUACCGACCUCCCUUCUUUGAUAUGGUGCCAUCAGAUCCCAGCUUUGAGGAGAUGAAGAAGGUGGUGUGUGUGGACCAGCAACGACCCAGUUUACACAACAGACUUCAUUCCCAUCCAAUCUUGACAGCCAUUGUGAAGAUCAUGAAGGAGUGCUGGUUUCAGAGCCCGUCUGCCCGCCUCACAGCCCUGCGGGUGAGGAAGACACUCUCCAAACUGGACCAUGACAGCGACUUCAGCAUUGAAAAGCUCAAGCGGGACGUCUAAGCCCGAGGACCAGAGUGAAACAGGGACCACAGAUUGGAAAGAAGCCCAAGGGGGUUUUGCACCACAUUCCCACAGCACUGUGUGCAUGUCAUUAGCAUAUUUUGUGCUAAUGACUCACACAGUCACUGCAUUAUAUUAAAACCAUAUGUCUUUGAGCAAUAGUGUCUAGACUGUCAAGUCUUAAGGCUAUUUUUUUCUUUUUUAGCCCAAAUUUCAUCUGCCAUAUUUCUAGUUUCUUAAACCAGGACCCCCCCUCCUCCUCUAAGAAGACAAAACUUUUGAGACCAAGAAUCUUUGUGAAGGUUUUGUUUUGUUUUGCUCAGCUGCUAAAACUUCAGUGAUUUCAAGUUACAUGUUUUUCGACUCACACAGGGUUUUGUUCAUUAUGAUGUAAAUCCUCCCACCAAUGUGGCAGAGUGGAAAACUUCACAUAGCAAAAUUACUCAUCCCCUUAUCAAAGGAAAAAGGAGAGUUGUGUAGAAUGAGACUGUCUUUGAUAUUAAAAUAGAACUUAUGGGUUUUCCCAUAAUGAGCACAACCAAAGAAAAUUACAAAGAUCACAAAAAGGAAAUAUUUAAGUAAUAAGAUGCUCAUGCCAAAGCACAUUACCAGUUCUAUAAACACAUUCAAGUAUAAAAUGAACAUUUAUUAUCUACACAUGAGCACAUUGAGCUAUUUACUUGUACAUAUGAGUUGCUGCAUUGAGGCUCCUGUCUUUUAUCACCAUUGAAUUUAUUGUAAAUAUGUAUCCUGUUUUGUAAAGGUUUUUUUUUUUUAUUAUCUGGCAACGUGACACAUUGUUUUAUGCUUUUUUCAACAUUAUAUUUUAUACUUCUGUAGGCCUAAAUGUACCAUCACCAUCACUUUGGUUAGUAAAGGACUUCACAACCACUGAAAAGUAAACAAACAUGUAAUGUAUAUGUUGAAUAAAGGAUUGUAUUUUUUGCGCUUUGUU